AGCCAAUCGAACACCAACAACAACAAAAGAAUAUAAGCGCGACAGGCGUCAUUUUUUUUGCUUAAGAAAAUUAACUUGAUUUUAUUGUUUCAACAUCAUUUUUUUGGAGGAAAACAUAGCAAGACGGGUGUAGAAAAUGAAAUCUAGUUUAAAUCAAAAGUGGCUGGUGUGCCGCGUGUGCCUGAAACAGCCCAAAGAGGAGAUGCACACGAUUUUCGACAAAAAUGCUGAGAAGGAUCUGACGCGUAUGAUUUUAGAAUGUGGUGGAGUACCUAUAAAACAAUUUGAUCACUAUCCCGAUAAGAUCUGUGACAAGUGUUACAAAUACUUACAAGUAGCCCACAAGUUUCGGGUAUGCUGUCAAAGAUCUCACAAGCAUUUAAGUAAAUUCAUUGCCCCCGUUGAGGUAGAGGAAGAUGAGGAUGACAAAAAAGAUCAUUUAAAUUGUGAUGAAGAUACGACGGACUCUGUGCCCAACACAUUGGCCUUUACCGAAGAUGGCUUUGUGGUGGAAGAAACCACCAGCGAUGAUUUAUUGAUCAAAAUGGAACAGGAACAAAACACAAUACCUGUUAAAGAGGAAUACACGGUGCACAUACAAGAGGAGGAGGAUGAUUUUGUGGAAAUCUAUGAACCCAUGACCGAAGAAGAAGAGAAGGAGGUAUUCCAGCUGGCGGACGAAGCAUUUGAGAAUGAUAGCCAAGUGGGUAGCAGAGAUGAUAUAGAAUUCCUAGAACUAGAAGAAGACUUAGAGUUGCCUUCUUCUGAUAAUGAUGAUUUAGCUUCCCCUGGCAGCCAAAAACCAGUACGCGGUCGUGUGGUUAUGAAACGAACUAUUGUCAAGCCCUCCACCAGCCAGGGUGCCAAGCGAAAACGCACUGGUCCUCGUCAAAAGAAACCAAAGGAUAUCUCUUAUAUAUGCGAUUUUUGUGGCAACAAAUAUCCCUCACAGGGAAGGCUAACAGAGCAUAUAAAGCUACAUAAAGGCAUUAAGCCACAUGAGUGCGAAAUCUGUGGUCAUUGUUUUGCUCAAACCCAACAAUUGGCCCGACACAUGAAUACCCACACUGGUAAUCGUCCCUAUAAAUGCAGCUAUUGUCCUGCUGCUUUUGCUGAUUUGUCUACACGAAAUAAACAUCAUCGCAUUCAUACCAAUGAGAGACCAUACGUUUGUGAUGUCUGCGGCAAAUCUUUCACAUAUACGAAUACCCUGAAAUUCCAUAAAAUGAUACAUACUGGAGAAAAGCCCUAUGUUUGCGAUAUUUGUGGCAAAGGAUUCCAACAAAACUACAAGUUGCGCAGUCACAAGAUGACACAUGAAAAGAAAGGACUUAAACUUCAACAAAUUACCCAAUUGGUUGAUACUACGGGUAUGGAACAGCAAACAUACCACGAUGUGAAUGUUGAAGCUGCUACUCAACCGCUUUUGGAGAUUUAAAUAGAACCGAAGAAAUCUAAGUUAAAAAGUCUUAAGAGAAAUAGCUUUGUUUUGUUUUUGUCUACUGCAAAUUUUAGGCAUCCCGCAUACCUACUACCUUACCAACAACCAACAACACCAUCAUUAUGAAACAAAAUUGUAUAAUUAUCAGUUUUUUUUGUUUAGCUUUGAC